AUGACUGUGACACGUCCAGACAUCUCCUAUGCUGUUGGAGUACUCAGUCAGUUCAUGCAGUCUCCUCAGAAAGCUCAUUGUGAUGCUGUUAUCCAUGUUCUUCACUACCUAAAGGUGAUAGGAGAUGUACUACGAGCUAUUGUACAUUUGUUGGAGGAGUUGGGAUUUCUCGUGAUUAAGCCUAUAAAGAUGUUUUGUGACAACCAAGUUGCGGUGUACAUUGCUAGCAACCCCGUCUUCCACGAGAGGACCAAGCACAAAAAGGUGGACUGCCAUUUUGUUCGUGAUGCUCAGGGAACACGUAGUAGUGUUGUGACAGUUGGUUAUAUGAUGAAACCUUCUCGGGAAGAAGAUUUUGCAAAGAGAGGUGCAUUUCCUAUGUAUCCUACUCAAAAUGGUUUGAUAUUUGUUCCUCUCACAUUUGAUCUCCCGCUUGAAUCUCAACUGCAAGAAGUUGAUGUGGUUCUACAUAAAGCAACUGAUGAAAUUCUCACCAUUGAGUUGAACAGCUCUUCAGAAUUUUCAAACAAAAUCUCCUAUUCCAAGGGCAUGCAGGAAUUGGAAAGGUAUAUCCGACAUAACCCUGAAUGUUGUGUAAUUGACCCGCUCAAUAACAUAUAUCCUAUGCUGGAUCGGCUAAGGAUCGAAGAGAUUCUACUUGGGUUGGAAGAUCUGAACAGAGAAGGUCAAUGUAGAAUCCGGGCCCCACGUUUUAUAAAGGUUGACAAUUUUAAAGAGGCUAAUUUGGGAGGAAGGCUAUCGGAAGCUGAAUUACUUCUUCCAAGUAUUGUAAAACCACAAGUUGCUUGUGGGGUUGCUGAUGCCCACAGUAUGGCUAUCACCUUUAGAAUUGAAGAUUUUGAAGACCUAUCUGUUCCUCUUCCAGCUGUUAUUCAGGAAUAUGUAGAUCACUCGUCUUUGCUGUUCAAAUUUUAUGUCUUAGGUGAGAAAGUUUUUCAUGCUGUCAGGAAGUCUACACCUAAUGCCGUAGUCUUGUUCUCUUCAUAUGAGAAAAAUGGACUCAAACCUAUUACAUUUGACAGCCUGAAAUCUCUACCUACUGCUAAAGAAGACGUCACCUCCAAGACCAAUAAACAUGCUCUUGAUCUGGGAUUGGUGACAGAUGCUGCAAUUUGGAUGAAGAGAACACUGGAUCUUACUAUCUUCGGUUUUGAUGUUGUUAUUCAAGAAGGCAGUGGAGACCAUGUCAUUGUGGAUGUGAACUACCUACCUUCAUUCAAGGAACUGCCCAAUGAUGUUGCCAUGCCCGCCUUUUGGGAUGCUGUCAAGGCCUCAUAUGAAUCAAGAAAGGGCAAGCUAGCCAAAGACCCAUUUCCCUGAUUGCAUUUCCUCCAGGAGUUUGGCUUUAGGGGACAUGGUUAACCAAGGGAAGACCCUGGUUCAACUGAUGGGUCAUUCUAACAAAUCAAUGGAAUCAUGAAUGUUCUGGCAUUUCAACCGGUUCGAUCCGCUAGCCUAUCUAUACUUUUCAUGAAAUGAGUUAGGUUUAUACAGUUUGGCUGUUGUACCACAUGAACUUGGGACUCCACCACAUCCAGUCUUGAGUGUUUUAAUUGACCAGUUCAUAUAAGGACUACAAAAUGUUUUGCCUUAAUGGCUUGGUGUACCUUAUAAUUUAGUAAGUUAAAAAUGUCACCAAGUUUGCAAUGGAACAUGGCUUGAAUUGAUCAAUUCAUGCUGCAUUUUAUGGCA